AUGGAUUUUGUAGUUGGAUUACCAAGAAGGCACCGAAGAAAUAACAUAAUUUGGGUAAUAGUUGAUAGAUUGACUAAAGUUGCAAGAUUCCUGCCAAUGAAGGAAACAUGGUCAGUAAAACAAUUGGCUGACGCUUAUGUUCGAGAAAUUAUAAGAUUACAUGGAGUACCGAGAAACAUUGUGUCUGAUAGAGACCCAAAAGUUUUGUCACGAUUUUGGGAAAAGUUGCAAGAUGCAUUCGGAUCUAAACUAUGUUUAAGUACCGCAUUUCAUCCGAUGGACCGAAAUGUGCCUGAAGGACCAGAUCUUAUUCAAGACUCUAUCGAUAGCUUGAGGGUGGUGCAAGAGAAUAUAAAGGCAGCACAAAGUAGACAUAAGAGUUAUGCAGACAAUCGUCGCAGAGCUUUACAAUUUGAUGAAGGUGAUAAAUUGAGAAAGUAUAUCCACGACCCAUCACAUGUGUCAGUUCACGAACCCUUCCAAAUUGAUGAAAACCUUGCUUAUGAAGAAAGACUAAUUAGAAUUUUGGAUCGUCAAGGAAAAGAAUUGAGGAAUAAAAGAAUAUCUCAAGUUAAAGUGCUAUGGUCAAACCAUCAUGUUGAAGAAGCAACUUGGAAAAGCGAAACUGAUAUGAGAGAACGCUAUCCCCAGUUGUUCUUUUAG